AUGACCGACAACGAAAAAUCAAAGAGAGUGCUUAAUUUUCCUUCGUUAAUAUCCAAAAACCCAAAUCUUGCACAAUACUAUAAUCAGCGGUUGAAUGUUUACAAUUUCGGUUCAAACGAUGCUGUAAUCGAGUUGACAAAAACACUAUUUGAGACUAAUUUGAGUUUUAAAGUAAAAAUUGAUGAUAGCAAACUCUGUCCUCGCUUUUUCAACAGAUUAGAUUACGUUAUUUUUAUAGAUCAUCUUCUCCGGAACACAUUGUCAACCGAAGCUCAUUUUAGAAAAGUUGAACACGAAGUCAAGUAUGUUGGACUCGAUAUCGGCUGUGGACAGAUUGCAGUAUACGGGUUGAUGUGCGCAUCAGUGAUGAAAAACUUGAAAUGUAUGGUUUGCACAGAUAUUGAUGACGAAAGCAUAAAAACAGCAACCGAUAAUAUUUCCAGAAAUGAGCUAAAUGACAAAUUAAUUGCGCUGCAUGUAGACAGAAGCGGGAAUAGCUUUGCAUCACUUGCAGAGAUGCUAACCGAUGCAGAUACCGAUAAAACAGCUGCAUUCAGUAUGUGCAAUCCGCCAUUUUACUCUUCGUGUGCAGAGAUGAGUUGUAAAAACGCAUUUAAACGGCAGAAAACCAAUUCGAUGGGUGAAUAUGUCACUGGAACGGAAAAUGAGCUUGUUACUAAUGGAGGUGAGCUUGCCUUUAUAAGGAAGCUUGUCCAGGAUAGUAAAAACGUAUCAAAUAAGCACUCUGUUAUCUGGUUCACCAGUUUAGCCGGAAAUUACAAAACUGUAAAAACACUAGUGCAGAAUGAUUUUGCACAAGAUCCGGAUUUCAACUUUGGGGUGCACAGUUUUGUAAGUGGAAACUCCAGAAAUGCCACCAAGAGAUGGAUUAUAUACUGGAGUUUCAGGCUCACGAGACCACCGAUAGGAGUUUCUAAAACGAAUCUUGUUGGUUCGAGGUAUGAGUUCACGGUCAAGUGCAGCCUGUCUAUAAAAAUCAAUGAGGAUGACUUAGCAAAUCUAAAUGAUAUUAAAUGCGAAAGAAUCAACGCUGAUGUCCUUUUGGUCCAUUUUCCAGGUGAUCGCUGGUCCCGAGCAUACAGACGUUCAUUAAAGCACAUCAACAAUGCCAUACAGCAAAAUGAUGAUUGCUGGUUUAGAAUAGAGAACGGAUCAAGCCAUAUAGUAAUAUAUUGGCUGUAUGGGACCCGUCACAAGCUUUUCGAAAGCUUUUGCGGAUUUCUCAGACGUCUAAUUCAAAGCAAAGAAUGUUGA